UACGUGGUGCGUUCAGGGUCCUGCUCUUUGCUCCCGACAGGAGCGGCUAUGAAGCGGCAGCGAAGCACUUUGUUCCGGCCGACCUGGACGUGAACCUGAGCGGGAGGUCCUUCGUGAUAACGGGGGCCAACAGUGGGAUAGGAAAAGCCACCGCACAGGAAAUCGCCAACAGAGGCGGAAUCGUUCACAUGGUUUGUCGAAACAAGGGCCGAGCAGACGCAGCCAAAGAGGAGAUCGUUGAACGGAGUAAAAACCAGAACGUCCACGUCCACGUCGUCGACAUGUCCAGCGCGAGACAAGUUUGGGAGUUUGCCCAGAACUUCUCCCAGAACGACGCCGUGCACGUGCUGAUCAACAACGCAGGCUGCAUGGUCAACCAGAGGGAGCAGACUGACGAGGGUCUGGAGAAGAACUUUGCCACCAACACACUCGGUACAUACAUCCUCACCACAGCGCUGAUACCUGCGCUGAAGAAGGUCCAAGAUCCAAGAGUGGUGACGGUGUCGUCCGGCGGGAUGCUCACGCAGAAGAUGAACGUUGACGACCUGCAGUGUGAGAAGGGGACGUUUGACGGCACCACGGUCUACGCUCAGAACAAAAGGCAGCAGGUGAUUCUGACGGAGAGAUGGGCCGCUCAACACAAAGAGAUCCACUUCUCCUCCAUGCACCCGGGCUGGGCCGACACACCAGCCGUCCAGACGUCCAUGCCGUCCUUCCACGCCAAGAUGCAGUCCAAGCUGAGGACGGAGGCCAUGGGGGCCGACACCGUGGUGUGGCUCGCUGCGUCUGCCGCUGCCGUCAAACAGCCGAGCGGACUCUUCUUCCAGGAUCGUAAAGCGGUGGCGACACACCUGCCUCUGGCGUCCUCCAGGUCGACGCCGCAGGAGGAGGAGAAGCUUCAGGCGGCGCUGGAGGAGUUCGCCCUCAAGUUUAAACCAUAGUUUCUCUGCAAAUACACAAAUAUCUUUUUAAAACCAAGCACUCGUCUCUAAUUACAAAUGUUUACAUAUUUGUUUUGUUUCAACGUACAAGACACAUUUAUACCGUUGUUUGACCAAUAACUUAAAGAACAGAUAUUUUAUCAUGAUCAGCACUUCAUGUAAAAUGCUCCGUGCCGAGUAUCAGGGAAGCUUUCCUGUGAAUGUAUAACACUAAAUGUAAAUGCAUUUAACAAUUUCUGUGCAACAUAUCGUGAAAUUUCAUUAAACUAUUGUAAUAAAUGUCUUUCAUUCUUUCACAAGUC